UAACUCAAUCAAACAACUUACAAAAAUGCAAUUCUCCACUGUUUUCUCUAUUUCUACUUUAAUUGCUAUUGCUGCUGCUGCUAAAUCUUUUGGUGCUGUUUCAACCCAUUCUGGUUCUGACUACCAAUAUGCAGCUCUUACCAACUCUGGUAACUCAAUCACUUUAAAUAAAGGAGACCAAGUUGAAUUCAUCUUAAACGAUGAUAAAUCUUUAGUUGAUGCUAAAACUAAAAAAUACAUUUCUUUAGAUUCAAACAAAAACUUUGUUGAAAGUGAUAAAGCUGAUAAGAAUUUUGCUCUUACUUCUUCUUCUUCUGGUGCUGGCCUUUCUUCUCUUACUUAUGAUAACAAACAACAAUUCAGUGUUAACACCAAAUCUAAAGACUUGAACAUUGCUUCUAGUUCUGAUAAUCUUGGUGUUGGUAUCUUAGUUUCCGGUAUCAAAGACGUCGAGAACGUUUACCCAUCUACUUCCACCACCACUACUAAAGAUGCUAAAAAGGAUACUAAAACUACCAAAGCUUCUGAGCCAACUUUUGCCGUUGAUGAAAAAAAUGAAUACCAAUUCGGUGUUGUUUCUAUUCACUCUGGUUCUAAAUUCCAAUACGCUGCCAUCAAAAAAGUUGAUACUCAUCCACAUGUCUUCUCUGUUGGUGGUGAUGAAGGCAAAGACGUCACUUUAACCUUAAGAGCUGAUGGUACCUUAUACGAUCAAGAUCAAAGGGGAAUCUACGUCGACCCAAAAACUGGUGAAUUAGGUAACGUUGCUCCUUUCGGUCGUCAAGCUCCUUCUAAAGGUUUCAAAAUUGUCAAUGGUCACUUAACCUACCAAGGUAAAGAUAACUGGUCCGCCUGUCCAUCUGGUGACAACAAAUUCUCCUUGGCUAACAAUGGCUGUACUGGUGGUACUGGUAUUGCUUUAGAAGUUGUUAACGAACGUACUCUUUAAGUUCGUUAC